AGAAAAUAAAAAUCUUAGAAGAAAAAUUGUGUGUCCUGUCCUCUCCACUCUGUCUCGUUCACUUGAAGCAUUGUAAUGUCAUAUGUCUCUGGAUAUAAUAAGUAUACAUGUGAAUUGUUUAAGACUUCAGAAUCAAAGCAUGCAGAUGCUGAUAAUGUUUCUCGCUCAUCACUUUAAUUCCAGAUCAAAGCUUGUAAAUUUGUGGUUAUGAAGAACAGGGUUUAUAAAUGGCUAAAGAGUCAUCUAUUUUUGAGAUGGAAGAUCAGGGAGAUGAGGAUUUCUUAGAUUAUUUGGUUGAAGGUGAGGAUAGUAAUAGAGAUUUGGUUAAUAAGGAGUUAGAUGAGGUGACAUCGAGUACUAGUUGUAGAAAUGCAGUGAUUAGUGAAAGGGUGGAUCUAAAGGAAAAUGUCGAGUCAGGGAUUAGCGCGGAGAAUGUGGGAAUGGAGGAUGGAGGUAUGGAUUCGUUGAAGAAUUGUAAUGUGGGUGAAGAUGCGAUGGAAGUGAGAACAUUGAAUGAUAAAAAGAGUGAGGAGAAUUUGCGAAAAGAGGGGAGUAUUAAAGAGGUUGAUUGGAGUGCAUUCAGUUUUGGUGGUGAUGGAACGGGGUCUUACUCUGAUUUUUUUAAUGAGUUAGGUGGUAGUUCAGAUAAUUUGUUCGGAAAUCGUGAAAAUCGUUCUGGUGUUUCAUUGGAACAUGUGGGUGCGGAGGCUGGUGUUACGGGUAGAUAUACGAGCUCUGUUAAUUCUGGACAGAAUCAAGAAGGGCAAAAUUAUUGGUCGGGUUCAGAACAAGUGGUGACUGGGCAAGACCAAAGCAUUCAGUACUGGGAAAGCCUUUAUCCAGGUUGGAAAUAUGAUUCUAACACUGGGCAGUGGUUUCAGUUGGAAGGCUACAAUGGAAGUGGUUGUAGUCUACCAAACUAUGAUAAUAAUAGUAAUGCCAGAUUAGUAAAUAGUAAUGUAGGUACAACUCAAGAUCCAAACCUGUCCUAUUAUCAUCAAACAUGUCAUUUUGAUGGCACUGUUCCGAACUACAAUCAAGGUUCAGAAAUAAAUAGCGGAUACACAGCUCAUAUGCUGUUUGACCCUCAGUACCCCGAUUGGUAUUAUGAUUCAAUAGCCCAACAAUGGAAACCAUUGCAAUCUUACACUGCACCGCUGAUGCCGCAACAAGUAGACAAUAACCAACAUAGUCAAAAUGUAGAUCCUUCAACAGUUGAAACCACACAUGGACAAAAUCAUAGCAGUUACAGUAAUUUUGAGGAACCUGCAGUGCACUGUUCACCCAGGCUCAUGAAAAAUAAUCAAUCUAUGCGAUGGUGUGGAACUAUAAGUGACUAUGGGCAUCAAAGCUUUACGAAUUCACAAUUCCAACCUGUGUCCCAGAGUAAGGCUUUUAAUUUUUCCGAAAAUGAGAUUCUACAGAAUUAUUAUGCAUGCAAUUCUGCUGAUCAACACAAUCAACAAACAUGGAACAAUCAAUCUGGAACCGCUAAUUUAUAUGAGCAAGCCAAUAAAUGUUAUGCCAAUGAGUAUGGAGUGGCCGAAAGUUUUAAUCCUGAUAAAAACCUGUAUUCACAUAAUAAUGAACAUAGGAGGGAGGCAAUCCAUCAGAGCCAGUUCUCACUAUCUUGCACUGACAAUCAGAAGACACCAACAGUACUUCAGCAGCCAGCUCAAAAUGGCUCUCAGUCAUUCUCUACGUCCAUUGAAGGAAGAUCCUCGAGCAGCCGUCCUCCACAUGCUCUGGUGUCUUUUGGGUUUGGGGGAAAACUCAUUGUCAAGCGAGGUUACUGUUCUCCUGCCACAAAUUCAAUGUCAACCCAGGUCUCAGAUGGAGGUGUGACCGAUACUGGUGGCGUGAUUAAUAUAUUCAGCUUGAUAGAACUUGUUAUGGAUAAACAUGCUUCAUCCAUCAGACUGGGUGCUCGUGAUUAUUUCUGUUGCUUGUACAGGCAAUCAUUACCUGGCCCGUUGGUUGGUAUAAGUGUUUCCUACAAAGAAUUAACUAGAUGGAUUGAUGAUAAGAUUGUUAACUGUGGAUCACCAGACAUUGACUAUAGAAAAGGUGACCUUUUAAGGUUACUCUUCUCUUUGCUGAAAAUUGCAUGUCACCAUAAAGGAAAUCUACGAUCUCCCUUUGGCACUGAUAAUGCAUUAAAGGAUAACGAUUCUCCUGAAUUCGCAGUAGCUGAACUCUUUGCAUCUGCAAAAAAAAAGGUGCCUGAAUAUAGUGAUCUAGGACGUUACAUGCAGUACUUCCCUUCUGAAGGGAAGAUGCAGGCAGUUGCUCUGGAGGUGCAGAAGCUUCUUGUUUCCGGUAGAAUAAUAGAGGCAUUACGAUUUGCACAAGAUGGACAAUUAUGGGGACCAGCUCUUGUUCUUGCGACACAGCUUGGUCAUCAGUUCUAUGGUGAAACGGUAAAGCAAAUGGCCCUGCGACAAUUAAUAGCAGGGUCACCUUUGCGAACUUUAUGCCUGCUAAUUUCAGGGCAACCUGCAGAUGUAUUUUGUUUCUACGAUAGUGACAGUUUAUCUGUUACUGAAAAAAUAUCUCAGCAGCCUUCUCAGGCUGGGGCUCUUGCCAUGCUCUGUAACUGGGAAGAGAAUUUAGCUAUCAUAACUGCUAAUAGGACAAAGAACGACGAGCUUGUGAUUAUACAUCUUGGAGAUUGCCUUAUGAAGGAGAAAGCUGAGGUUAUUGGUGCCCACAUCUGUUAUUUAGUUGCAGAAGCAAACUUCGGAUCAUAUUCAGAUAAAGCUAGGAUGUGCCUUAUCAGUGCAGAUCACUGGAGAUCUCCUCGAACCUAUGCCAGCCCCGAGGCUAUCCAGAUGACAGAAUUAUACGAGUACUCAAAGUCUCUUGGAAAUCCUCAGUUUCUUUUACUACCCUUCCAGCCAUAUAAACUAAUCUAUGCAUUUAUGCUUGCUGAAGUUGGAAAAAUUUCAGAAGCUUUAAGGUACUGUCAAGCUAUUUUGAAGUGCUGGAAAAUCAGUCGAGCACCAGAAGUGGACACAUGGAAAUAUUUAGUAUCAUCUCUUGAGGAGCGGUUACGCAUUUACCAGCAGGGUGGUUAUGCUGCUAGUUCAUCUCCUGCGAAAUUGGUUGGUAAAUUUCUCAAAUUGUUUGAUAAUACUGCUCAGCGGGUUGUUGGAGGCCUUCCUCCACCUGUUCCUGUAACGAGUAGUAAUGCUUCGCGCCAUCAUGAGAACCAAAGAGGACCAAGGGUAUCCAGUAGUCAGUCCACAACGGCGAUGCCAUCAUUAGUGCCAUCAGAAUCGAUGGAACCAAUAAGUGAAUGGACUGGCAGUCAAAAACCAAGACACAGUAGAAGCAUCUCAGAGCCAGACAUUGGUAAAUCACCAAGAAAGAGUGAUUCUUCUAAAGAUGCAAGUUCGCCAGACAUGCACGAAAAUGAGUCAGGCUUUGGUGGGUAUUACCGGUUUGGUCGAUUUGGCUCUCAGCUAUUCCAUAAAACCGUUGGGAUGGUUUUACGAUCCCUUCCGGACCGUCAGGCAAAACUGGGAGAGAAAAAUAAAUUUUAUUAUGAUGAAAAUCUUAAGCGAUGGGUAGAGGAAGGUAUUGAUCAUCCAGCUGAGGAAGCGGCAUUGCCACCUCCGCCAACUACUUCAGCUCUCCAGAAGACGGCCUCUCAGGAAAAUUUGAACGAUAGACUUCAAGCUGAAAACUUGCAUGGUAGUAGUGGGCAAGAUUUUAUAGGCUCUAGUUCUUCUGACUCAAUUCCAGGGAUUCCACCAAUUCCACGUAGUUCAAUGAACUCCACGACUCGGGGAAGGAUGGGUAUUCGUGCAAGGUAUGUUGACACUUUUAAUAAGGGUGCUGCAAUCCCGACUAACAUACCUGCAUCUUCUGGUAUAUCUCCGAAGCCUGGUGGUGGUCCAACUGCCAAGUUUUUUGUUCCUACGCCAAUGUCAUCUUCAUCUAAUGAGAUAGAAAGAACAAGCGGAGAACACGUGCAAGAAUCAAAUAACACUAAUUCGAGUCCUACAUCAUCCACUGAAGAUGACCCUCCAUCUACAACAUUAAAACCAUUAUCAGGAGCACUAAAACGGAAUCCCAGCAUGGGUAGUAUUUUGACCAAAAGUUCGUUGAGAUCAAAUAGUAACAGCAACCUUUCUCCUCACUCGAGAAGGACAGUAUCUUGGAGUGGAAGCUUCAACGAGGUAUCUUUUAUUCCGGAUUCUGCUGAAUAUAAGACUCCUGGUGAAGAAUCUUCACCCCAGAUGUUUCUUUCACCUGUAAGUAGCAUUCAGGAUGACUUCCAGGAAGUUGAACUUAAUUAGUCUACAGAUGAAGAAACUCCACAAGGAAAUGUCAAGACGCUUGACUCUUAACUUCUGCCCAGGGUCGAUGUAAAUUGAUCAAACCUCACUCAGGUUCAGACAAUGUCAUCAAGUAAAGGAAAAUGGAUUUAAACAGUUGAAAUAUUAGUACCUUUUCCUUCUAACCUCUUUAACUUGCUCGGCAAUUUUGACAAGUUUAUUGGUCUUCUUCCAGUGAACUGUUAUCAUUGAAAAAACUCAUUCAAGAGUAUUAGAACAAGGGACACUAAUGUUGAUUUAACUUCUCUAAAUCUUAUUCUGUCGUUAUCUUUUCAUUGCUCCCCCUUGAACAACUAAUCUUGGACGACUGGAAUGCGAUGGAGAAGUCUGCAGUGGCAAUGAUGUGCACAGAUAACAGAUUGAAUGACUAUGACUGAUGUUUGAAAAUUCACUAUGUCAUGUCUACAUAUAUACAUAUAAGCAGUUUGUCUUUCUUUCUUUUUUCUUUAUGUAAUUUACAUAUGAUGUUUAUUGGGUUCAAUUAAUCUUAUUAUUUUCUUAAUAA